ACAAUCACGAGAUCUUUAGUGAGGUUUACCACCUCUUCAUUUGUUUCAAGAACCCUGGAAGUACGUUCUCUCGUGGCGUAGAGUUUUGAAAAGUCAUCAGGACCUGCAGAUCGUGAUGCAGCAGGAUAUCAUAAAGGGGAUUGCGAUUGCCAUCUUGUUCGUGUUUACCGUCUUUGCCGGUUUGGUGCCAUUGAAAAUUCGUCCGGGUUCAGGGACCGCCAGCGUACGGCAGCGAAUCCUCAGUUACUGUAACUGCUUCGCUGGGGGAGUAUUUUUUGCGACAUGUUUGUUAGAUUUGCUGCCGAUGAUCCGAGAAAAGUAUGAAGAAGCGUUUAAUCUGGCUGGUAUCCAUCCGGUAUUUCCCGUUGCAGAGUUCACGACAUGUAUGGGUUUCUUUCUCAUCUUGACUGUUGAACAGAUCGUUCACUCUUGCCAUGGUUCUUCCUUGCUACACGUAUUGCAUGGCGACCACACAACGAAACAGCCCCUUUUGAAUAAUACUCCAGAUGAUGGUUUCUAUUCGGGUAGCGAAAGGAAAACACGAAAGAAAAACAAAUACGGAGAGUCGAGUUUGAGAACUUACAUAUUAAUCGUCGCCUUAUCGUUGCACUCAGUAUUCGAAGGACUAGCACUGGGUUUGAUCACAGAUGUCGAGCGCCUGGUACAAAUCGCCGGAGCCAUCGUGAUACACAAAUCGAUCAUUGCGUUUUCGUUAGGUGUGAACUUAGUGCAUCACGAAAUGCCAACAAAAACCGUCGUCAAAUCAUCUAUACUGUUUGCAGUCAUGGGCCCGAUUGGCAUUGCAAUUGGAAUUGCGGUGCUACACAACUCUACUGAAUUUACAAGCAGUCUCUACUCAGGCAUUUUACAAGGAAUUGCAAAUGGAACUUUUUUAUUCGUGACAUUCUUUGAAAUCUUCCAGCGAGAGCUGUCAGAGCCUGGCAGUCGUCUUCUCAAGGUACUAGCUAUAAUCGUUGGUUAUUCUGUGGUGACGGGCUUGCUGUAUUAUUCAAAUAUUCUGGAACACAGCGAAACGGACGUAGAGGUGAAUCAAAAAUGAACAACAAAUGCGACUGUUCUACCAAAUGUUGGAUCUUAAGUUGUGUUAAGAGCCGCAAAACACUACUACAGAAAUGCUCUAUCUUUUCCCAUAAGGAAUGGUAUAAUGUCGUAACUAUUUGAUUUCAGAAUUAUUAGCCUUCCAUAAAUUUUAGAAAUAGAGAAGUGAACUUUCAUGAAUACACCAGGAGAGAUCAGAGGACAUUGGAAACAAUACCCUCAUCUACCCUCUCCAUGUUUAAUAAGUAUUUUAUAGUACAAAGACCAUAGAACAGAGACUAUAUGAUGAAAGACUUGAUUGUAUCUGUGCAAUAAAAUUGCAUUUUAUCAAAA